GCAUUUCGACCGAUUGGAGGAUAUCGACUGGUUGAAGGAUAUCGGUGAUUCGAGGGGCGGAACUAUCCAAAGGAUAUCGACACACUCGAGCAGCUCGAGGUACAAGGCCAUGAUGCUGUCUGUGCAUCGGCCAUUCAGCUCACCAUGUUGUUGGCUGCUGGCUGCUGGUCGUUGAUGGAUGUGCUCGCUGGUUCCGGGUCUGGCUCUGGACUGGCCGGGAUGCUGUGCCCUUGCAUCGAGGCAUGUUUUCAGGAACGGCCAUGCUCGGCCGGAGAGUGGCUGCCAGCAUCGCCAAUGGGUUAUGGCCGACCUGGCUCUCGCUUUCAUCCACCACCUGCUCCCACCAAGGUAUAUCCCACCAAGGUAUAUCCCACCAAAGUAUAUCCGGGCAGCAUCAUCGAUCCCCUUGCUGGCCCAACUUGACGUUUCCCAACAAAGCCGUCCCUCGCACAUCGCGCGGGAAUCGCCCCUGGUCCCCGCCGACCAGGGGAGCCUCGAGUCCUGCGUUUAUCUUGGCUGGUUCUGUCCCUUCCUGUUGCUCGCUAUCCUUGCUUGUCUCUCAGCCUCCCUGGCCUCGCCGACACCGAUCCGCACUCCAAUCCUGCAGCAUACAGCUCGCCUAGUACAACCAAGUGAUCGAUAUCUGGAAGCAGCUCGGCCUCCCCAACAACCCUCUCAUCGAUGCCAUCAACCAGGACGGCAGCAACACGAUCCCUCCCUUCUUGGGUGGCAUAUCUCCAUGACGGUUGCAUCAGUCACGACUAAAUCAAUGCUGCAAGUACCCUCCUCGACAGUGGAGCCCUUGCUGUCGCCACCGAUAUCGGCCAGUCUACCGAGUCAGGUCGUCCAGAGGUUCUUGACAUCCUCGAGGGACUGGACGAAUCGCCUUGACCGACUUGGCCAGCAUCGGCGGGUUUGUGUCUUCGCUAGUGCUGACUGAACCAGAUUCAAUGCCUUCAUACACUCCCGAUCGGCCAUC